AUGCUCACAAACAUCGAAAUCUUAACGGCACACAUAGGUUACACUAGCUUUGCAAUCUGCAUUUCAUAGUAGGGAAAGCACAACAACAAGGCAGCCAUAACGUGAUAGUCAGAUAUCUAUUAGGAAAUGACAGACUGGACCGCAAACUCGAAUGAGGCGCUGAAUCUAUCUCUCGUACGAGCGGAGGCAGAUAAACUUCUGCUAGGAGGAGAAGAGUCUUACGAAGAUUUUCAUCCCACGUUCACAUAUCCCAUAUACGGCGAAGAUGAGAAGCUCUACGGUUACAAAGACCUUAUGAUAGAUAUGAGAUUUGCAUCUGGAUCUCUAGUCCACUACCUAUCAGUCAAAUACUCAGAAAAACUGGGCUCGUCUUCAACUGUAGAUGAUGUGGAAGGGAUACUAAAAGAAUUCAUACCAGAAGAUUAUUACACUGAUGAACAAACGUUUCUCACUCGAGUGGAAGAAGAUGCUGCAUCUUUUGCGCCAAUGGGAAAGUUGAUACAUUCGUAUACAAGACCGUCUCCGUCUUCGAAGUCCAAAGGCAAAAGCGUGAUACGCAAUGAACAGCUCAACCCUGACAGCAGGGAUGUGGUUACGUACGAAGUUUAUCAUUCAACGUGGAGUACCCCCGGUUUCAGAGAAUAUCAUCGUCGCAUGCAGCUUUUCAUCCUAUUGUACAUUGAAGCUGGGUCUUACAUUAAUGAGGAGGAAGAGCCUUGGGAGUUUGUAGUCUUGUACGAGAAGCGAAAGCGGACAGGGCCCACUGGAGGUGUAUCAUAUCAUUUCAUUGGGUAUUCCUCGCUGUACAACUUUUAUUGUUUCCCUGAGAAGGUUCGCAUGAGAUUGAGCCAAUUUGUCAUUCUCCCUCCCUAUCAACGGCAGGGCCAUGGAUCGGAGCUCUAUACAUCCAUAUACAAUUAUGUUGUUGCCAGUCCAAAUAUCGCGGAGCUCACUGUUGAAGAUCCAGCUGAAGCAUUUGAGGACCUUCGGGAUCGAAAUGAUCUCAAGUUGCUCCUAGGUCACGCUCGUUUCAUGGAGGAAGGUUUUGGGCCUGGCAUAGUUUCCCAUGGAGGAGGUCGAGUGGAAAAGAAAAAGACAAAGGCGCGGGCCACGCCAAUGGGCGCCCCAUCGGGGCCUGUAAAGAGGAAGGGCAAGAUGGGCCCUCCGGCAGACAAACCAUGGGUAGAGGGAUGGAGGAAGGAUCUCAAGAUUGCCGGGCGUCAAUUUUAUCGUCUUGUAGAAAUGUUGAUCCUGUUGCAUCUUGACCCAGCAGAUAUCCGUGCUGCUCGAGCAUAUAGGCUUCAGGUCAAGGAGAGGUUGUAUCGUUUUAAUUUCGAAAUCUUAGCACAGCUAGAAAAACAAGAACGGCAGGAAAAACUGGAAGAGACAUUCCAAGGUGUCAGGGAGGAUUAUUUAAGGAUAGUAUCUAUGGUUCGCUAAGUGCUUUGUAUGCAAUCGAAUGUUUUCUUUUCCCUCGAUUUCGGCCAAAUAAGAAGCACUUCAUCCUGCUAACAGAUAUUAACUCCAGAAUUUCAGUUUUACACCAAAAACAUGCAGGUUGCGCUGAAUCCGCUCAGGACUCAUCGUCAGCUAGGAUGCAGCCCCUCCGUCGCCCGCCUCUGCACCACCUUCACCCUGGGGAUCCUCGUCGUGAGCGCUUUGAGUUGUUCCAUCUCCCGCACGGUCUCGUCUCUUCUUCUCCAUGAUUAUGAACGACAAGACAACAAGGUCGAUAUCGAGGUUGUUAGGUUCAAUCCGAAGGCAAGAUUUUCUCUGACCUAUGAACAAACCCUCACCUGGGAGACCUUGCAUAUAACGUGCAACUUCUUCUCC